AUGAAGCACUUCAUGCAGCCGAGAAACACUAUAUUGAGGGAGGCGACGGAGCCUACCUCGUCGCCAAACCCUAGCUACGGCAAGCCCAGGCCACCUCGGAAGCCCAAGGCCUCCAAGGAGAAUGCUCCUCCCUCGGAUCCGAACUCCAUGGCCCCCGAUUCGAAGCCUUCGCCGGCGGCGAAGUUGAAGAGUCCAUUGCCGCCUCGGCCACCGCCGUCGAACCCUCUCAAGCGGAAGCUCAGCGUUGACUCUCAGACCGAAAACUCUGUCCCUGGGACCUCCGAUUCUGGUGUCCAGGUAGUAGUGAGAAUGCGACCGCCACGAAAGGAUAAGGAUGAAGGAGAGAUGAUGGUACAGAAAUUAUCUAGUGACUCUUUGUCGAUAAAUGGACAGACCUUCACAUUUGACUCGGUUUGCGACACAGACUCUUCACAGCUAGAUAUUUUCCAGCUUGUAGGAGCACCUCUAGUUGAGAAUUGUAUGGCAGGUUUUAACAGUUCUGUAUUUGCAUACGGACAGACGGGAAGUGGAAAGACAUAUACCAUGUGGGGUCCAGCCAAUGCCUUGCUGGAUGAAAAUCUAUCAAGUGAUCAACAAGGGUUAACCCCUCGUGUUUUCGAGCGUCUUUUUGCUCGCUUAAUGAGGAGCAAAUCAAGCAUGCUGACAAACAACUCAAGUAUCAGUGCCACUAUUUACAAUGAACAAAUCACAGAUCUUUUGGAUCCAAAUCAAAAAACCCUUCAGAUAAGAGAAGAUGUUAAAUCAGGUGUCUAUGUCGAAAAUCUCACGGAGGAGUGUGUACGCACUAUCAAAGAUGUGACUCAGCUUCUGAUAAAGGGCUUGUCAAACAGGAGGACAGGUUCAACUAGUAUCAAUGCAGAGAGUUCCCGCUCACAUACUGUAUUUACCUGUGUGGUUGAAUCUCAAUACACGAAUGUGGCAAAUGGUAUAAGCAGCUUUAAAACCAGUAGAAUAAAUCUUGUUGAUCUAGCUGGGUCAGAGCGUCAGAAGUUAACAGGUGCAGCAGGAGAACGCUUGAAGGAAGCAGGGAAUAUCAAUCGAUCACUCUCACAGCUUGGGAACCUGAUAAACAUUCUUGCUGAAAUUUCUCAAACGGGAAAGCAAAGGCAUAUCCCCUAUAGAGAUUCCAGGCUGACAUUCUUAUUACAAGAGUCUCUUGGGGGAAAUGCAAAAUUAGCGAUGGUCUGUGCUAUUUCUCCAACGCAAAGCUGCAAGAGUGAGACUUUCAGUACAUUGAGGUUUGCACAGCGUGCUAAGGCUAUCAAGAACAAGGCAGUUGUUAAUGAAGUAAUGCAGGAAGAUGUGAACCACCUGCGUGAGGUGAUACGGCAGCUAAGGGAUGAACUACAACGGAUUAAGGCAAAUGGAAACAAUCCAGUUGCUUCUAAUGGAGGUCACAGUGCAGCAUGGUUUCGUCAGAGUUUGAAUUUACUAAAGGCUAGCCUUAAACCACAAAUGACAUUACCUCGUGUCGAUGAUGACAGCGAUGAAGAGAUGGAGAUUGAUGAGGAAGCUGUUGAGAGGCUUUGUGUUGAAGUAAGUAACCAGACAGUUAGUGAAGCUAACAACAGAGCUGAUGCGAACACUGUAGAAACAAUGGAAUUACAUUCACAACCUGUGGCUGUUGAAAUUGGAAGCUCCGAUGGCCCUCAAGACUAUACGUCUGGAAGUGGUUGUAACAAAGAACAAGGUUGUGAUACAGAUGUUAAUAUGGAAGAAGGAAUAUCUGAACAAGAAGGGGACAUGAUUGUUGAAUGUGUUGCCGACACCCCAGUUAUUCCCUGUGCUAAUGCAUCGGAUCUUCAUAAUCUUAUAGAAUAUACCUCUGUGCAGCCUGCUCAGGAAGAAAAUAUUCUAAAAUCCUCCAUCAGUAGUUUGCUAAAUGAAGAAUCAGCGAACAAAAGAGGGCAUGAAGCUUCUUCAUGUCCAGCCUCUGAUCCUCCUGGAGGAGUGUCUGGCUGCCUUUCAGUUGCAGAUGAUGCAUUGGUUCUCCAAAUGGCUUAG